AUGAGCGACGCCAUGGCUGCUCAGGUGGACGCUUUCAGUCGGAAACCUCUGGAACCGUUCAAGCCGUGGCUACGCCGCGACCUGCCGUCCGGAGAUGAACAUAGAAGCAGGGACGGCGGCAUCUUCUCGACCAUUCGCCAAAGGGUCGAACUAUUGCCGUCGGUUCGGUUGCCGUCUCAGCCGAGUGGCCAUCGCCAAAACAUGCGGUCUGAGGGCUCUGAGCCUUCAUCGUCGUCUCUCGCCUUGGUACCUGACGGGAAUGCUGCACAUGCUACACAGGUUUCGGAAGGGCCGGUUCGCCCGCAACGAUCACCAUCCCAGAAUUUUGGCUCUGGCAAUGCGCUGCCCGUCUGCCCGUCAACGCCGUCUUUGAGGCCGCGAACUGGGCCGCUCUCUGCCAACUUUCCAUUUGCAACGUUGCAGUCAGAGGAGCGGCCGCGAGCAACUCUGAAGCGGCGACGCUCCGUGACAGACAUCGACGGCCCAAAUACAGCGGCCUUGUGCUGCAAGAAACGUCGGCUGCGGCGCUAUCUGGUCACGUCGCGGCUCUCGCAGCCGUUCUCGCAACCGGCAACCCACAUCCUCAACCGGGAGUCUGUUGCUUCAGGUGAUAAGAGGUUUCUGAAACUAGCCGCUAUCAUCAAUGCCCGUCGGAUCGUGCAACUUCCGUUGCCUCAGCGCGCGGCCUCUUUACAAUCCCCUUCCCCAUCUCCAUCAAUCGCAUCGGCAUCAUUCCUAUCGUCACCACCCGCAUUUCCCCCUCUCUUUCCAUCUCCAGCCGCCGGUUCGACUUUGAUACCGGUGCCACACCCGCCUAACCCGGGCGAAAUGCUUCGCCGGCUGGCCAUGAGCAAUCGGUUUAAAAAGCGGGUGCUGGCAGAGGCGGCGGCUAGUCGCAAGCUGGCUGGUCUGCCACGACAACAGCUCACAACUAGCACAUUCAUGGCAUCCUGGCCAGCCACGCCGGCGCCGCUGCAGGCAUUGCUGACUACGUCGUCAACAGCCGCAACGUUUCAUAUGGCUGCUCCUCGCCCGGCCCCAUCCUUGCUUGGCACAAACCCGCCAUUACUCACUACCGCAGUACGUGCACGGCUGGUAGAAGCCGCAACUACGGACAGUCCUCAGGCCGCGCCACUUGCCAGCAGGCUGGCUCUGAGUCCUUCGAGCAGCCGGCCUGCAAUGAUUUCCCCAGAGACUUUGGUCCAGCUUAGCGUAGACAAGACAGAGAAGCUGCAGAAACCUGCGACCCAAGUGGCUAAAAGCCAUAAUACCGUGGUCGAUGAUGCCGACGAUGCCGGCGACGACGUCGAAGACGAAGCCGAAGACGAAGACAGCGAUGGGUACUGUGCCUUUCCGGGGGACCAGAACGAGAGUCGGUACGAAGCAAGUGACGACCCAGACCCGGACGACGUGUACUCAGACUUCAGCGUUCUAUUUCAAGGACCGGGAGAGGACUCGGACUUUGGCGAAGAAGGCUUCGACGACUAUAUGGAUGAACUGGACGGCAUUGCGCACCUCCCACGAUGA